CUUCAUAUCUUCUUCUUAUUGUUGCAUCGCAUCGCAGUGUAUCUGAGUAAUAACACGGUCCCGCUCCCUCUCCAUCCCAUCACAAAGAAAACAGAGAUUCGCAUUAUUAGCAGAUCGGACUCAACCGAUGAAGUUGAAGCCGCAGUGAAACAAACCAGAAUAAUUGACGCAUCAUCAAUUAGAUCGAGCUGCUAGAAAUGAAGGAUGAGGACGGGCUUCCGACGACCGCCGCCACGAAGAAGGAAAGCAUGGAUUCGAGUCUGUUUGGGAAAGGGAGGUACAAAUUCUGGGCGUUAGCGGCCAUCUUGCUUCUGGCGUUCUGGUCCAUGUUCACCGGCACCGUCUCGCUCCGCUGGUCCGGCACUCUCAAUUCCCUUUCCAGCGACAUCGACACUCCCAUCCACGACGACCUCGAUGUUCUCGAAAUGGAGGAGAGGGAGAAGGUGGUGAGGCACAUGUGGGAUGUGUACACCAACAGUCGCAGGGUGAGGUUGCCGAGGUUCUGGCAAGAGGCCUUCGAGGCUGCCUAUGAGGAUUUGACGAGCGAUGUCACUGAGGUCAGAGACGCUGCCGUCACCGAGAUCGCCAAGAUGUCUGUUCGCUCCAUUCAUUUUGAUCCACCUCCUCUUCAAUCCACGAGUGCCCGAGAAUUUAGCAAGAGCCUUAAGCAAGCCGAGAAAGGAAAAGAUGCAACAACCUAAAGGGGUGCUUAAAGGUUAGUGUGUGGAGCAUUCAAGCGUAUGCAAUGUACUUGAAAAUGCUCGAGUGCUACCAGAAGAUUGUGAAGAGAGAGUAAUGGACGAACUCAACUCAGACUUAGAUUUGCAUGUUUCAAUCACAGGGAUAAUGAUGUAUUUUAAUAGGCUGUGUGGUUCUUUCCAAUUUUGCAGUCUUCACGAAGUGAGGAGUAGUAAAUCGAAACACGACCUUUUGAACAGACAAAUUGAACUGAGCAUGCUCUUCUGUUUAGCUUUAUUCCACAACAUCUAAAUUAUAAAUCUCUCAUGUUUCUAUAAAGUACAUUUCUUUCUUGGAA